AUGCUCGGCCUUCGAAAAUUCCUCGUCGUCAGCACAUUCCUGUUGGGUGCAUUGAGCUCGCCACGACACACGCACGAGGAUGACAACUCAAUAGUGAACUGGGACUCAUUCCAGGCCCUGCUUGACAGUAUCGAACCUGCUGCAUUGCAUUCGGUCCUACAUUCGCUAUCGCCCAAGUUCCAAGACGGCGUGUUCAGCAAAGACCGCUCCGCUAUUGAGCACGUUCAUUCCGAGAACCCAGUUGUCGCAAGCAAGCUUGUACAUAUCGCGAAAAAGAGACAAGAGAGCAACUCGACCACAACUGCCUCCUCCACCACCACUUCUACACCUGCUCAAAGCACUUCAGACGAGCAAUCCAGCUCAAGGGCAGCCAGUGUCUCUUCCGUGCUCUCGUCUGCCAUCCUCGCCUCGACCGUCCCUGGCGCUACCACGGUGACUGUGGCUCCAGCCGCCCCAGCCUCUGCUACAGCUGUCGCAACAACAGAUGGUGCAGUCGUCUUUAGUACAGUGGGAGGCGGCUUGGUCACGCUCACCUCCUCGGCUGUUGGGGUCAGCUUCUCACCCAGCACAUCGACUCACCUUUUUUAUGAAACAGCCGCAGAUGGUUCCAUUUCCACUUCAACAUCUGUGGUCGUGGUCAAUGCACCCCUCACCGACAGCCCUGACGCAACAGGCGCCGCCGGGGCUGCAGCCACGACUGGUGGCAAUCCCGGACUUCAAGACGCUGCCACCUCGAUAAAGAUCUCCGGUCUCCUAAUGGCAUGUGCUGCAUUCGGAGCAUUCCUAUUUGUUCAGUGA